GGAUUUCGGUUUCAGAAAACCGAAACAGCGUGUCGACCAAUUUUGAACGGUACUUCGCAUCCCGUGUACCCUUCAAAUACUUACCUCAAAAUUACUCAUUUAGUUGGCAACCUAACACUUAAAGCUGGGUUAACUGAACGGUGAAGUUGACCAAUUCUUCACAAUUACUUGGCUUAUUACACUACAACCAGCAUAAUGGCGAUGGAUACGUCAAAUAAGUCUUUGACAUCAUUACUGGAGAAGAUGGUGGCAGCUGAUACUGAUUAUCGAUUUAUGGCUAUGAAUGAUCUUAUCAAUGAAUUACAAGUGAACACCCUUCGUUUGGAUCUCCAAAGUGAAAAGAGAGUUGUUGGACUCAUUCUUCGUCUUCUGAGGGAUCCUAGUGGUGAAGUUCAAAGUCUUGCAGUAAAAUCACUAGGUCCUUUAGCGACUAAAGUAAAAGAACAGCAGAUUAUUACCAUCGUCAAAGAUCUUGUUGGAACUAUGGAAAAAGGAGGCGAAGGACAGCUUCGUAGCAUUUGUAGUAUUGGUCUCAAGACUGUUGUUAAUGCUUUACCGAAUGCAACUGAUAUGGUAGUAGUUCAAUCAGCUGUUCGUGAAGCCAUCUCUCCAUUAUUACAUAUGGUUAUGUCACAUCAAGAUGAUAAUGUACGCGUUGAAGCUUGUGAAGUUUUAGCUGAAAUUAUUAAUCAUUUUGGAAAUCUUUUGACAAGUUAUCACUUGGACUUACUUGAUUGCAUGAUCACUUGCCUUGGAUGUCCACAAACUACUCUACGUAAACGUGCUAUUCAAGCAUUGGGUUAUCUAUCAUGGAUUAUACCACAAAAAUAUUUCAGUUCACUUGUUAGCUUUCUCCUUUUCCGUUUACAAAUGAGUCCUUUUUUAACAUCAAAACCAAUGGAGAAAUUCGACGAUCAUUUGUCAAAACUGAUUACUGAAAAUACAUUGUUUCAACGACCACAUUUAUUGGAACAACUAAAACAAGUACCCUCUGUCGAUGUUAUGAAAACCUUACUUCAAUGCUUCAAUGUUGUUUCUCGUCAACUUCAACGUUCACCUCACUGUAUUCCAUCAGUACUUCAACUACUCAUAUCGAUUGCGUACAGUUCAAAUACAAAUAAUCCAGAACAGGAUGAUAUUGUAGAGUUAGUUAUUCAAGUAUUGGAAACAAUAAUUCGACGUUGUCCUAGAGCAAUUUCACCUUCUCUUCCUGAACUGAUUAAUUUACUAUGUGAACGCUUGCAAUACGAUCCAAAUUAUGAUUAUGGUCUUGUUGAAGAUGGAGAUGAUCAAAUGGGCGUCAAUAAUAAUGAUGUCGAUUUCGAAGAUGAUAAUGCUGAUGUUGAUGCUGAUGAUGAUGACGAUGAAGAUGGAGAAUAUUCCGAUGAUGAAGACGUAUCAUGGAAAGUUAGACGUGCUGCAGCGCGUGCUUUAGAGGCAAUUAUCUUAGUUUUCACUGAAAUGACUGCUAAUUUCUAUGUAUCUAUUGCCCCUUUGUUGAUAAAACAAUUCAAUGAACGUGAAGAAUCUGUACGUUUAUCUAUAUUCUCAUGCCUUAGUGCGUUGUUGCGUCAAACUCGACUAACAUCAACUAUUCAUUUGAAUACCACUAUUACUAAUGGAUCUGUUACUGUUAAUCAACAGAGUAGUCCAAGAUCUUAUGAAAGUACAUUAUUUGUAUCUGAAUCUACUUUGGAAGAGCUAAAACUGCAUUUACAAGAUCCUAAUAGUGCUCAGUCACGAUUACUAUCUCUGUUGCCGACAUUGUAUCGUGGCAUUGAAAAGCAAACAUCUCAAUCGAUAAGCAAUAAAAUGAAAUCUCAAAAUGCUAAUCGAAUUUUAUCGGUUUAUCGACAUACUGCGUUUAUGUUGAAUCGUGAUUUGGCUCUAGCUUUACCAGGUCAAUUAGGCGCUCAUUUGAAUAAUAUAUUAAUGAUGAUAAAAAUUUCGUCUGAUGAUCCGAAUACAAAUCAUACUGCAAAAAUGGAAAUGAUUAAUGUUCUUGUCCUUCUGUUGAGUACACAUCCAGCUAGUUAUUUUGAAUCAAAACUUGAUCUUCUCGUUCAAUUAACGGUACAAUCGAUUAACAAUUCAUUUUAUCGUGUUGCUUUGGAAGGUCUGGAUUUGUUACAACUUCUAUGUACACAUUUAAAAAGCUUAGGCGGUGAAAAAUAUGCUCAAGUUUUAUUUACUCCACUUUUCAAUCAAUUAAAAGCUACCGAUCGUGAUCUUGAAUUGAAGGAGAAAGCUAUUACAGUGACUGCAGUAUUUCUUUCACAAAUCGGUUACAUGGUUGAAUCGAAUAUUAACGAUUGUUUAGAUUUGAUAUAUCGACGUCUAACAAAUGAAUUAACUCGGUUGGCUGCAGUUCGUGCUAUACAGAUUAUCGCUUCAUCACCUUUGCAAUUGGAUUUAUCAAAAUUUCUGCCUGGUUCAUCGCAUGAAUUAGGAACAUUUUUAUCAAAAAAUGAUCGUAAUUUGCGUAUGAUAACACUUCGUUGUUUAUAUACAAUUUUAUUAAAAUAUCCUAAUAGUUUGGAUGAUAAUUGUAUAAUGACUAUAUUGAAUUUAAUGCCAAAAUUAUUAAUUACCGAACAUGAUUUACAAACAACACAACUCGCUCUUCACCUUACCUCCUUAUUCUUGGAAUCACCUAAUCCUUUAGCUAGUCAAGUUUUUCAGAUUGUUAUACAAGAACCAUUUCUCGAAUGUCUCAUCAAUUUAGCACAUUCUCCAUUAUUACGUGGUCAAGCUUUGGAUGGAAUGCUUCGUUUAAUGCGUGCUUUUGGUCAUCUUAAGAAAACAGAUCCAAAUGGCCGACAACAGUUGACGCUCUUCUUAUCGCGUUUACUUGAUCCCAUUGAAAAUAAUCAUAUUAAUAAUAAUACUUCUUUGUUUGGUCACAACUCUGCUAUUAGCAGUAGUAAUAAUAUUAAUAAUACUACAUCGAAUCGAACUUCCGGUAUACAUCGAGACGCUUUGCCUAGUUUAGCUCAAUGUAUGGCUGCCCUGUUAGCUGAACUACCGAUGACUUCAUCAAAUUCAUCAUCAUUAUCAAUAUCUCAUUUCGAUGGUUUACUGAGUAGUGUAAACAAUGUGGUUGAUCAAUUGUUAAUAUCUGUCAAGGAUCCUUCUACAUCUCCAACACAAUUAUAUCUGAAUUUGCUUAUUUUGGGUGAAUUAGGUCGUAAAGUUGAUUUGAGUUCACGUACCGAUCUUCGUGAUCUAUUAAUUUCUUGCCUGUCAUCAACCAACAAUUCACCUUAUUACCAACAAACACCUCAUACUCCAACCGGUUUAUCUCAUUCUACAAUAUCAUCCAAUGGAUUUAUGGUCAGCGAAGAAGUUAAACCAGCAGCAGCGUUAAGUUUAGGUCGAAUGGUUGUUGGUAAACCCGAAAUUCUUUUGCCACCAUUAAUUGAAAGCAUUUCACAAGCUGUAAAACACCAUAUGCAACUGACAAACACCUCAGGAUCUCUUACUAGCAGCAGCAGUAUCGGUGCCAACAGUGGUAGUAAAAAUAACACAAGUCAACAUCAAUUAUAUUAUUUAAUUCAAGCUCUCAGAGAGGUUCUUGUUAAUCUUGCUGGUCUGGAUCCUAAUCAAUCUUUGAAACAUUAUCUAGAUUCAAUGUGGUCCCUUUUAUUAGCGUGUUCUGGUUUAUCGGAAGAGGGUACACGAAACCUAGUCUCAGAAUGUCUUGGCCGAUUAACGUUGGUCGAUCCUCCGCAACUAGUUGGUCGUCUACGUCAACAGCUGAAUUCACCUGAGGCUUCAUCGUCAGUUUUAAUGCGUUCAACAUUAGUUACUGCGGUGAAAUUCAUUCUAAUCGUUACUGAUUUAGACGCAGGUACAAUGACAAAAUAUACCGGUCGUAUGCGUUACGAUCUACCAGACGUAACAUAUUUUACGGUUCCAUCUCAGGAAACUUCUAUGCCAUCAUCACCUGUGACUAAUGACAUUGAAUCAGCUCUACGAGCUGGUAAUCCUCCUGCAUUGAUAGAUUUUCUUGGUCGUCUUGCAGAUCAGGAAUUAUCAGUUCGACGUGCAGCUCUUGUUGCAUUGAAUACUGUGGCACAUCAUAGACCUGGUCUUGUACGUCCAUUACUUAAUAUACCUAUACAAUUGCCUGGUUCAUCAGAAACAUCAACUCUAUUAGAUAUGUUAUGUGCAGAAACAGUUAUACGAAAAGAAUUGAUCCGUGAAGUAGAGAUGGGUCCAUUCAAACAUCAUGAAGACGAUGGUUUAGAUUUGAGGAAGUGUGCAUUUGAAUGCAUGUCCACACUACUGGAGACAUGUUUAGAUAAACUUGUAAUACCGAAUUUUCUGGAAUCAUUAAUUGACGGUCUACGUGAUCAUACUGAUAUAAAAUUAUUAUCUUAUCAAAUACUUCAACGUAUUUCAAUAAUAAGACCAAUGGAAAUAUCUGCCAAAAUGGAAAUUUUAGCUGUACCAUUAAAAGCGGUUCUUUUAUCCAAACCUAAAGAUGAUUGGGUUAAACAAGAAAUGGAGAAAAUGCAAGAAUUAAAUCGAAGUGCUAUUGGAUUGAUAGUCAGUUUAAGAAAUAUUGAUGAUAUUGAUAAAAAUCGUCAUUAUGUCGAAUUAUUACGUAUUAUUAAUGCAGAUUCUAAUUUAAAAAAUAUUUAUAUGCAAAUUUUAUCCACUGAAAAUUAUUCUACUAAAAAUAAUCUAUCAACAUUGACAACAACACAAACAACCGGUGAAUAUGGAAGAAACACUUCUUCAUCAUGUUCUCUUACUGGUGAUGGUAGUGGUGGUGGUGGAUUUAUCGGUAAAUUCUCAUCGACACGUUCAUGAUUUAUCCGACUUUACUACUUUAAAUUAGCAAUAUUUUUUAGUUUAUCCAUUGAGUCAUGGAUUCACUAACAAUCAAACAAACAAACACACAUCCACAUCCACACACAAGAUCUUUUUCCCUCUUGUAAACACUUUGAAUCGAAAAAGAAAGUAUAAACAUUGUUUUGUGUCUUCUCACUUACAUCAUCUGAUGAAAAGCAAAAAAAAAUUUUUUUUUAAAUACAUGUACUUUAAUAAUAAAAAUGUCCAAUUUUUGUACUUCAUCCAUUCAUCUUUUCUUUAUUAUUUUCUUUCAAACUAUCAUCUUAGUAUCAAAAUGUAAUGUAUGCGAAUUGAUCAAAUGUGUGUAACUGUGCCAAAUGAUUGUUUUAUUUAUUGUAUAACAACAGUAACCAUGAAUUAAAAAAAAAAGUGUUUAAAUCUUUUUAUGUUGUGUUAUAGUAGAAAUCAACUAAUUAUUCAAUGAAUAGUUUGAUACUAUUUAUAUCGUUUAAGUAUCCAUCUUUCUGUCUUAUUUAUGUAUACACAUUAAUAUGUAAUAACAUAUAAAAACAAAUAAAUGACAACAUACAUUUCAACCUGGUUACUCACUUCUUUUUGUUUGUUUAUCCAUAUUUUUCUUUAACAAUUGUUUGUAAGCUUACUAAUAAUCUAUAGGACAAACAUUUCCCUCUCUCUCUUUCUCUCUCUCUUACACCUACACACACACACACACACACUCUUGAUAGGAAUCGAACCAAUGCAAUAGUCAUAACAAUAGGAAAAGACUAAUGUUGUGUUAUACGGUGAUGAUAAAACAAUGAAUGCUUUAUCUCUCUCUUUAGAGCAAACAAAAUUACGAAAGAAAAAUCGUUUCUACAUUUAUUUCAUGGGUUUUUUUUCUGACUUGAAAGAAUGUGUUUGUCUGUAUGUAUGUGUGUGUGUGAGUGUACGAUAUAGCGCUUAAAGUAGUUUGUGCUUUUGUUUGUUUUUUAAUUUCCUAGGUUUACACAUGAUCUGCACCAUGAUAAAUGAAUAAUGCGUAUAUGAUCUUAUAUUUAGUUGAAUUAUUAUUAUACUCUGUAUUGGUCCUUUGAAUGUAGUUGAGUUACAUCUAACAAAAUAUUAUGAUAUCGAAUGUUGUUAAAGACAAGUUAUGAGUGAUGGUGAUAGUAAUCACUUUCCGAUUGUGUAUACUUUGAAAAUUUAUUUAUUUAAACACGUAGACAUUGAUACAAGGGGGCAACACCACAUAAAUCAUUCAUAUUGUGUGCGGGCUGGGAUACUGCCCGGGCGACCAAACCGACGUAGUUGGUUUUCUAAGGGGUCCACUCCUCGAGCGUUCGUUCACAUAACUCAAACAUUGAUGAUGAUUAGGGUACAGUUUAUUA